AUGCAGCUGCACCACUCGCACAGCACCAGCGGCAUCAGCAUUUCCAAACUCACAAAGAGCAGUUCCAGCACUGCCAUCACCUCGCGCAACACCUCUACAACAAGCUCCACCACCUACGACGAAACGAGCUGCUUGUUGCCUCACGAGCGUCACCCUUCGCCUGCACCUCCUACUACACAACCCCAACAUCCUCAUGUGUGUUCCCAGCUGCGAUACUCCUCGUCUACAACAUCUUCAGCUACAGCAUCUCUGCAUCAUAUCUUGACUCUACACCCACGCCAAAUCGCCAUCCUUGAAGCCGCAAGAGCACAAGAAGAAGCUCAAAGAGCUGCAGAGACAAACCUAGACGAUGAGGAAGAAAUGAACAGACACGUGCUCAGCAGAAUCGAUUGCAUCGAGAUCGAUCUCUGGCACGAACGGAUCCGCGACUACGAAGCUGCAGAACUAGGACUUGUUUCUGCUGCAGAGCUGGGGUUGGUAAGAGAAACUGAGGAUGAGGAAAGAGCCGAUGUUAGGGUUGAAGUGCAAGAGGAGGAUGGAGGACGAUUGAGUAGGGUACAAACCUAUGUCAACGACUUUGCUGAUGUGGAGGGAGGAAGGUGUAAUGGAAGGCAAGGACAAGGCAUGCAGAGAAGAAAAAUCAGUAGUAUUGCGCAGAGGUUUGGGUCUGUGAGUUUGUCGUUGAAUCACUUCCAUCCUUAUUUCUGGGUUGAUGUUGCAGGAAUUUGCAUUUUGAUUCUGCUGGUUGUUGCAUUUCUUGUCUUUAUUGGCUUGGAGAUCAGAUAUGACAAAGAAGGCGUCUGUAGGGAACACGGAGGUAAAGGGGCAGCUGGCUUUUGGGUUGCGGUGCAGAUGCUUGUGGCUUUGGGCUUGGGGUUGGUGUUGCAGGUUCCGGUCUAUAGAGGUCUGGUACCUUUUGUCUUGCCUUUGUGGGUAGUGGGGACUUUCGGAGUUGUAUUUGGGUUCAAGGUGUUGGCUGGUUGCUUAGGGAAUUGA